CUAUCAGAUCCAGGACCCACCAAUGGACGACCAACCAAAGCAAAAAGUGAAGAUUCCCUGCAAUCAUAUGUUAGACUACAUACAAUUGAAGAGUGGAGGAUGGCCCGGAUCAUUUGACUAUGAUGUAAAUACUUGCGCAGGAUGCCAUGAAGACUACGGGUACUGCUAUUGGUGCCCAAGCUGCAGUUUUCGAGCGCAUUCCGAAUGCAUCGAGUGGCCAGACACCAUCGACCACCCGUGUCACUCCAGACAUCCUCUCAAGAAGGUCUCUCCCGGGACAAUUGACUAUACAGAUGGCAAAUGCCAUUUUUGUAGAGAAAAACUUAUUGAUCCAAUGUAUCAUUGUUCCUUAUGUAACUUCAGCAUAGAUGUGAACUGUUGGAGGCAUCCACCACAUCGUACUAUAUAUCAACCAAAGAGCCAUGACCAUGCAUUCACGCUCAUGCCUAGAAAGAUCACCUUCACUUGUAAUGCAUGUGGGAUGGUUGGUGACACCAAUCCUUACUUUUGUUCUGAGUGUGGUUUCAUGCUACAUAAAGACUGCAUCGAUUUGCCCCGAGUCAUAAACAUCAACCGUCAUGACCACCGCAUUUCCCGUACUUAUCAUCUCGGCCACGGAGUUUGGGAUUUGUGUGGAGUUUGCCGCAAAGAGAUAGAUUGGAGUUUCGGAGCUUUCACUUGCAAGCGCUGUCCUCAUUAUGUUGUCCAUCCAAAGUGUGCGACAAGGAAAGAUGUGUGGGAUGGAAAAGAACUCGAAGAUGAGCCUGAAGAAGAAGAAGAAAUUGAAGAUCCAUACAAGGUAAUAAAUGAUAGAGAAAUCAUUCAUUUCAGUCAUGAACAUAAUCUACGGCUUGGUGAUGAUAAUGUCACCGAUUACGAAAAGGUGAGGUGCGACGCUUGCAUAUUUCCAAUCAAGUCUGAUAUAUUCUUCAAAUGUGUGCAUUGCGAGUUCUUCCUUCAUAAAGUAUGUGCUAGUCUUCCUCGGAGGAAACGAAGCAUCAUGCACACGGACAAGCUCAAUUUACGGGUUAAGGAUAAGGCUGCAGGCAAGUAUUUCAAGUGUACAUCUUGUGCCAAAUUAUUCGAUGGCUUCAGGUACAAAACAACGUUUAAUAAAUUUGAUGUUUGGUGCGGCUCUAUUUCUGAGCCUUUUCACCAUAUACUGCAUCCCCAUCCCUUAUACCACAUCUUUUCACCAAAGGGAAGUUAUAAUACUUGUGGAGCAUGUGACAAACCUACACAGUACGUGUUAAGCUGUACUGUUUGUGAGUUUACUCUAGGAAUGGAUUGUGCCACUUUACCAAAUAAAGUGAAACACGCAUGCGACAGUCAUGAUUUAUCGUUGCAUCGUGGCGUUCAUGAAAACUCCAAGGGUCAGUUGUGGUGUGAUAUAUGUGAGAAAAAAAUGAAUGGAAGCCUAUGGUUUUAUGGUUGUGAUGAUUGUGGAUCCACUCUCCAUACCAAAUGUGUAUUCGGAGAUAUGUAUUACUUGAAGCCAGGGAAACGAUACGGCGAAGCUGAACUAGUUGCCAACGAUGGUAUGAGUAGACCUUUUUGCAUAAUGUGUGGAAAGCGUUGCAGGUUCCCUUCCUUCCUUAAAGCUACUUCUCCAGAUUCGACUGUUGUGUUCGCUUGUUCAAUGGACUGUGCAUACGAUAGCCUCUGGAAGGAACGCCCCCACUUAGUGGAGAAAUGGUUUUAUGAAGUUAAUCAUUAAAUGUCUCAAAGGUUCACAAGGCACA